AUGGGAGAUCCAUCGGAAGGAGAACAAAAGCCCGAACGCAUCCUCAAGCGACAUCUGUAUGAAUACGCCGAACGCAAAAGGACCGAUGGUCCUUAUAGCGACAACCUUGACGUGGAUGUUCUGAUCGUGGGGGCAGGUUUUGGUGGAACCUAUCUGCUAUAUGAGAUGCGUAAAGCUGGCUUCAAGACCGUCUUAUACGAAGCGGGUCAAUCAUUUGGUGGUACCUGGAGAUGGAACGUCUAUCCAGGUGCACGAGUGGAUUCUGAAGUUCCAAUCUAUCAACUGUCCAUCCCUGAAGUCUACAACACAUGGACAUGGACCACCAAUUACCCCGAUUGGCACGAGUUACAAGCCUACUUUGACCAUGCCGAUAAAGUCUGCAAUUUGAGUAAAGAUUGUGCAUUUGGAACUGUGGUUACCUCUGCCGAGUUCGAUACCAAUGAAGGUAAAUGGCAGGUCGGGACUGCUGACGGACGCAAAGCCAAAGCCCGGUUCCUGAUUGUGGCAGCCGGAUUUGCAGCAAAGAGAUAUAUCCCAGACUAUGCAAGUAUGGACAAGUUCCAAGGUAUUAUGCAUCACUCAUCGUUCUGGCCUAUUGAGGGUGUAGAUGCUCGUGGCAAGAAAGUCGCAGUCGUUGGGACUGGCGCCUCUGGAGUACAAAUCAUUCAAGAAUGGGGCCCUGAGGUUGAACACUUGACGGUUUUUCAACGUACACCGAAUUUGGCUCUUCCCAUGGGUAAACGAGAUAUGACCAAAGAAGAGCAAGAAGCCCUCAUGCCAGCAUACCCGGAACUGUUACGUAUGCGUGAGCACAACUUUGCAGGAUUUACUUACGACUUUGCGGAGCGCAAUACCUUUGAAGACUCCCCAGAAGAAAGAGAGGCACUUUAUGAAUCAUUGUGGAAGAAAGCUGGCUUCGGUCUAUGGCUAGGGUCACACAAGGAUUAUCUUUUUGAUGCAAAAUCCAACCGAUGUGUGUACGACUUCUGGCAGAGGAAGCAAGCACCACGAGUCAAGAAUCCGGAGAAGCGUGCGGUGCUUAUACCAGAAGAGCCACCUCAUCCAUUUGGGGUGAAGCGGCCUUGUCUGGAGCAAAACUAUUAUGAAGUCCUCGAUCAAGACAAUGUGAGCAUCGUUGAUAUCUCAGCCAAGUCCGGCGUUGAAAUUGCAGAAUUCACCGAGAAAGGAAUCAAGACGAGUGAUGGCAAAGAGCACGAGUUUGACAUUAUUGCACUUGCAACAGGGUUUGAUAUCACUACAGGUGGUAUGACCAAUAUGGGCUUAAAGUCGAUUAAUAAUACGACGCUGAACGAUGAAUGGAAGAAGGCGGCCAACACGUACCUUGGAACCACCAUUGCUGGUUAUCCCAAUAUGUUCCAUCUUUAUGGUCCACAUGGUCCGACGUUACUUUCCAACGGCCCAUCAAGUGUGGAGGUACAGGGCCGGUGGAUUCGCGAUGCUAUCAAGCAAGUCGAUCGCCAGGGUCUCAAAUAUAUCAACCCUACCCAGGAGGCUACCCAGAAGUGGAAGCAGAGGAUCAAUGAUCUCAGUAACAUCACAUUGUUACCAACAACCAGAAGCACUUAUAUGGGUGGAAGUGUCCCAGGUAAGGCUUUCGAGCAAGUCAAUUAUGCAGGAGGUAUUCCGGCCUAUGUUAAGGAAAUCCGACUUGUCCUACCAAGUUUCACUGGCUUUGAGACUGUCAAGUGA